AUGAUGAUGAUAACAGAUGAUGACGGCGCUUUUGAUGGUGGAGGUGAUUGGGGGUGUCGGGUGGAGGAGAUGGGUGAACGUGGGGGUGGCGGUGGUGGCGGAGAUGUAUUCAAGUCUCGUGAAAAGUUGAUGGAAUGGGUUAGAAACACCGGACGUAGCCUUAGUUACGCUAUUGUGACUAAAAGAUCGAAAACGAAAAAUGGCUACGUGUCUAAAGUUGUACUUAUGUGUGAUCGUGGUGGUGUGUAUAAAUCAGUUAAAGAGUCAAGUAAAGCAACCGGCAGUAGAAAGAUUAACUGCCCGUUUGAAAUGGUAGGGAAAUAUUCAAAAGAGAAUGGUUAUUGGACGUUAAAAGUCAAACAUGGUGAACAUAAUCAUCCACCCGGAGAAUAUAUGGAGGGACACCCAAUCUUCAAACGAUUGAAACCUAAUGAACACCAACUGGUCGCAGAGUUGACGGGGAAGCAUGUGUUGCCAAAAGAUAUUUUAGGUAUGAUUAAGGAGUGUGAUGAAAAUAAUGUCUCUACGAUUAAAAACAUAUAUAAUGCACGUGAUAAAAUUCGAGCAAAGGAGCAUAAAGGGAAAUCUCUGAUGGAGAUGCUAAUGUCUCAUUUACAAGAUAAAGGGUGGCACAUAUCUCAAAGUAUAUUUAGAAACUGCAAAGAAUCUUUCACCACGGAACGUGAUUGGAAUUCCUUCAACGUAAUGUGGAAUGUGCUCGUUGAAUCUCAAACAUGGACAUCAUUCCUCCAAUAUUACAAGCAACUUCAGUCAAUGUUAAUCCAUCAUCAAGAUGUUUUGGAUUACUUGAAUAGUACUUGGUUAAACAAGUAUAAAGAAAUGUUUGUGUUCGUAUGGACUAACGAAUGCUUGCAUUUCGGAAAUCAGACAACUAACAGAGUUGAAAGCCAGCAUGCCAAGUUAAAAAGAUUCUUGAAUUUAGCAAAUUGUACCUUAGAUAAGUUUAUUGGUCACGUUGAUGAAGUAGUGAACUCGCAAUAUACAAUAGUUAAAGAUAGUUUCGAAAAAAGUAGAACCGUUGUAAUGCAUAAACACAACCUACCAAUGUUGAAGCUAUUACGUGGUUUUAUUUCUCAUGAAGCACUUGAUAUAAUAAUAGCAGAGCGUCGUUUAAAUCGUUCACAUUGUCGUUGUCAAGUUCGUAAGUGUUAUGCAUUACCUUGUGCUUGUGAAAUCUCAAAGUAUAAGAAAGCAGGUCAAUCUAUUCCUUUAGAUUCGGUCGAUGAAUUUUGGAGGAAACUCGAGUUACCAGUACACUGUGAGGAUAUUACUUGUGACGUCGAGUUGGAAAGUUUUAAAAAAGCCUUUGAUAAUCGAUCCAAGCCUGGAAAGAAAAGUUUACUACCAAAGUUAAAAGAAAUAACCAAUCCAAGCAUACGUUUUGUUGAAGAACCUGAUGUUAAAGAAAAUACUCGUGGACGACCAGCUACAAAAUCCAAACAAAAAAACCGAACCCUGUAA